GCGCAUGCAUGGUCAUGCAUUUUUAUUAUGUCAUAUGUAAAGAAUAUAUUUUUCAAUAGAACAUUCAGAUGAAUUGCUGUUGAAUGGUGACUAUCAUCUUAAAUUUUUAGUCUUUAUUUCGUAUAUAUAGCUAUUUGGAAGCUACAUAAUGAAGCUUACUUUCAAAACUCUGCAACAGCAGACAUUUACUGUUGAAAUAGACGAAGACAAAACGAUCUUAGAACUAAAACAGAAGGUUGAGGAAGAAAAUGGAAAGGAAAAAUUUCCUGCAAAAGGAAUGAAAUUAAUUUAUGCUGGGAAAAUAUUAGCAGAUGAUAAAGCAAUUUCAGAAUAUCAGAUGGAUGAGAAAACAGGAUUUAUUGUUGUUAUGGUUACGAAGUCCUUAACACCAUUUAGCCAAAGACUGCAUCGUCUUCACCAACUACACCAGAUUCAGCAACACAACAGACAUCUGUUACAACUGCAACUGAUAAAGAAGAUGAUAAGAAAGAGACUGACACCGUCACCACCAAGUGUUACAAAUCCUUCUACAACAGUGGCAACAACAACAGAAUCAACUACAGACAGCAUUACAACUCCUUUAACUGUGACAACUGCAUUACCUGAAAAUCCAGAAUCAACACUUGUUACUGGAAGUCAAUAUGAGGAAAUGGUUUCAGCAAUUACAAACAUGGGAUAUGAAAGAGAUCAAGUUGUUCGAGCUCUAAGAGCAAGUUUCAACAACCCAGAUCGUGCUGUUGAAUACCUUAUAUCAGGUAUACCUUCAUCUCAACUAAUGUCUGGUGCUCAAGAAACUUCUGCUCCUCCAGCAGCUGGUGGCAACACUGGUGAAAAUCCAUUUGCAUUUCUACAAAGUCAACCGCAGUUCGCGUUAAUCAGACAAGCCGUGCAACAAAACCCUAGCAUUUUACCAACAUUAUUACAAGAGCUUGGUUCUUCGAACCCAGAACUCUUACAGUACAUAACACAACAUCAAGAAGAGUUUAUCAACUUGAUAAAUCAACCAGUACAAGGAGCAACUGCGGGUCAACCUGCUGCAACUGGCAACCAACCUUCCUCAGGCCAACCUGCAGCCGCGGGUGACACUUCCGGUAAUCAGCCUUCUAGUGGAGACGCGGGAACUAGUUAUAUUCAGGUCACUUCGGAAGAGAGACAAGCCAUCGAACGGUUGAAAGCCCUUGGUUUUCCUGAAGGUCUCGUAGUUCAAGCGUAUUUUGCUUGUGAAAAGAACGAAACGUUAGCUGCUAAUUUCCUACUUGAACAAGGAUUCGACGAUUAACAUUAAAGUCACAUAAACCAUCUGAAGAUUGAACGAUCCAUCGUAAGAAAUGGAAAGUUACUGUUAUGCCUGCUGUGUUUCCCGUAUGGAAAAUGUGUACAUUCAAUAAAGAAGGACAAGCUUAUUGAAUUUUAUCUAAAACUCGUUCAACUCUAUGGUUUUAGUAAAAAUAAUGAAAAUGGUAUAUUUCUAACAUUGUUAUGAUGCAGCUUGCUAUCAGUUAAACAUUUGAUGAAAUUUGUUUCGUUUUAAAUGCAUUUAAUUUAGUACUGGAAGAAUUAAAGCAAUUAUGACAACGUCAAA